AUGAUGGUUCUCGGAUGCGGUGCCAGGAUGUUAAAGUUUUGUUUGUUCGCGUUCAAUCUGGUCUUCUUCAUUGCCGGAACUGUGUGUCUGGGAGUAGGUCUGUGGAUGGUGCUCGACAACCAGGCCCUUGAAAGGCUCGUCAACGCGGCAGAAGAGCAGUCUUCAGAACUCAGAAACUUGGUCGGCAAGCCGGAAGCCGUGCGAGACAUUGGGAUCGUUUUGGCGUCAGGUGGUGGAGUCAUUUUCGCGAUCGCGUUUCUUGGCUGCUGCGGGGCGGCCAAAGAAUGGCGACCCCUACUUGUUUUGGUAAUGCCUCAACUUGCAAACACAGCUUACAUACAAAUGGCACACAGCUAUUUACAUGAGAUAUCAUAUAAUCUCCUCGUUCCUGGCACUUGUGCUUAUAAACGCCUUCAGAUUUUUUAA